CUGUGUAGAGCUUGGCGCGCGCGGUGUUGGUCUUUAUAAGGACAACUUGGCAUAAAGCAAAGAAAGCAACAAAAAAACAAAUACGCGUGUGUUUAACGGUGUUUUGCAAGGAGAGAGAGUGCCCAAAGCCAAAACAAUAACAACUCAAAUGAAAAUACGCAACGCAUAGCGUGGGUCACGUGCCACAGCUUACCAAAUAUAGCAACAAAAACCGAAAGCACAGAUUAUUCGCGUCAAUUAAAGCAGCAAAUGUUGAACGAAAAGCAAUAUUAGCUACGCCUAGUGAAUCGCGUUUAAUAUUUUCUAAAGUCACUAAUCUUUAUAUCGAAGAAAACGAAAAAUUAUUUAAAUUAAAUAAGCACAGAAAUAAAGUAAAAAGAAAUUUUAAUUAAUUUCAAACAUAAUUGUUUGCUGCCAAAAAUUCCGAGUGGUUCAGUGUAUCCAAAGCAUGCAGAAUUAACUAAAAAAAAAAUAACAAAAAAAUAAUAAUAAACGAAAAGUAUGAAGAAAAAAGUGAAAAAACGCAAAAUUGUGUGAGAAAAAUUUUUUUAAAAAUUAAGAAGAAGUAACAAGCCAGAAAAUCCGCAACAUUUUGUGUCAGGAUUAGUGUUGUGGAAAAGCGCAGCUAACACAUGCACACACACAGAGUUAAGAAAUACGUGUUCAGUUUAACAAACAGCGAGCUGCAAAAGAAAGAACAACAACAAUAAAACGUACAGAAAGUGCAAGUGAAAGCAGAUAUACAAAUAUAUAUGUGUGAAAUUUAUAUAAAUAUAUAUUGUGUAUAGCACAGUGCGUGUGUGUGCUUAAAUGAAAUUGCGUAAUAGCGUAAUUCGCACAUAUGUACGCCCAAUUGGGGUUAAGCUAAUUGGGUAGGCAAGCACGUAACUGCCGACGAAAAGGCAGUCGGCGAAAAGCAAAGAGCACAACAAAAACAUACCAAAUGCAAUAGCAAAUAACAACAACAAUAAGAAACAAGCAAUAAUACUUACGCUCAACAUAAAAGCAUAAAACGAAGAAAAGCAGACACAAAUAGCCGAAAAGAACCACAACAACAACAAUAACACGUUAAGUAACGAACAGUAGCAAGCAUGCCAUUCGGCCGCAAAUCACCAUUGGAGGCGCUCGCCUUGCCCGGCGUCAUUUUGGCCUACAAAUACAGUCAAUUUCGGCAAAGACGCCGCGAGGCAGCCAGCCGACGUGUGACGGAACGUGAGUUGGCCGCGCUGCAUCAUAAAAUCGACAAAUUGCUGAGCAAACUGGAGGAAAGCGAACCGGAUCCGCCAACCUCGCAAGAGGAUGAAUGUGUUAUCUGCAUAAAUGCGCGAGCGACCAUGCAAACAUCACCAUGCGGCCAUCGUGUCGUCUGUCGUCGCUGCUUUGUCAAGACAAUACAAAGUGCCGUAGCACAGCGACUGCUGCCACUGCGCUGUGUCAUCUGUCGUGCGCGUGUGAAUCGCCUCACCUCCAGCUCGGGCACUUGGCGCAUACAAGAGUCGGCGAGCAGCUAUUCCAUGGGUGCCAAAAGUUGGGCUUCCGCCGGUGUCGGUGCAGGUGGUGUGCACGCCUCGGCCAGUUCCUAUUCGAUGGGCGAUGCGCAUAGCGGCCACCAUGCCUUCCAGCCACAUCCCGCGCUGCAUGGUCGCUAUCCGCGCAGUCCGAAUGGUGGCGGUCGUGUUGCACAAUCGGAUAGCUUGUAUUCGAUGAGUUCGACGGGUUCGUCGUCACUGUCGGGUGUCUCACAUAUGUCCGCCUACUCUAAGACGUCUUCCAUUUCGAGUGGUCUCUGCUCACCCGCCUCACCCAUAUCACCGUCUGCCAUGUCAGCGUAUACACAGACACCGGUGCUGAAUAAUCAUUUGGCGCCACCCGGCGCAUCGACAUCACAUGGUACGCUCACGUUAUCGCCUUCCGGUUCAUCCGUUUCAGGUUCGCUCUCGCCACGUGAUGAUCACCAUCAUUCACAUUCACAUUCGGGUGGUUGUCCGGCGGGCUGUUCGGGUGCUAUACCGCGAAAGCCACUCAAUUCUUUGAGUAAUUCUUCGUCGAGCGGUUCGAGUAUUAGCAGCUGCAGCAGUUUUCCGCCCGCGACGCAUACUUAUCCCGGUCGUCGUUAUACCAAGGGACGACUGACGGAUCUACAAAAUAGACUGCCACCAAUUAAGGAGUUUCGCAGUCCAGCCAAAGUGCCACAUCCUUCGCCAGUGCACAUCAGCAAUCCACGUUUUCGUUAUUCUUCUUACACCAAAUCCUCAUCGAGUGCGCACGAAAUUGCUCCCUUGCUGUGCGAACCGCCUUCACCACCCAAAAGACCCAUGAACAUACUGGCGGCCUCUGCUUCAACUAAUGGCUUAUGUCCACCGCCGUUAAAGGCUGGUGGCACUGCCAAAAUUAGUCCUCUGGUGUCGAAGAACUCCCUGCCAAAGAAUGCCUACACUUUGGGUAAUAAAGAUAAGAAGACGCCAAUAAAUAGUACCAGCGGCAAUUCCGCCAAAGUGAAUGGGAAGCUUUCAAGCACAACAACAAACAACAGUAAUAGUAAGAAGGUGAAUUACGAUGCUAACGGUAAUAGCGUUUCAUUGGCGUCAACACCUGUACCGAAAUCGUCUGCGUCGAACCAAAAUAGCAAUAAUAAAUCGUAUUCAGCACCAACCUCCCGCUCCAACUCUUCCAACCGAAGUUUUCCACUAUUCUCCAAUACCAAUAGCAAUCACAAGGAGAAAGCCGACAAUAAGAAGAAUGAAUCUAUGGAGCGUAAGAAGAAGGAGGAGAAACUUAAAAUGAAAGCGGAAAAGGAAGCGAGAAAGGUGGGUGUACGUGAACGUGACGCUACAGCGACGACACGAACUAACGGUGUUUGUAAAGAUGAACAUAGCAAAAAUACUAAGCAAAAUAUUAUAAAAAAUGUUGGUGGUGAUGAUGAUGAUGAUGAUUAUGAGGAUGAUGAUAAAGAUGAAGACGAUGCACAUAACGUCGAUGGUGGUCGUAAUGGUGGUGGUGUUGGUGUCGGUGGUGGGUUAUUAUGCUUGUAUGGUGGUUUGGCUGCCUGGAAAGUAAUGUCGGAAGAGAAGCGUCUCGCCAAGGAAGAGGAACGUUUAGCGAAGCUGAUUGCUAAGGAAGAGAAGAAGAAGGGCAAAAAGGAAGCUAAGGAACUACUCAUCGCAAAUGAUGGCAACUGCAAGAAGUGAGGUUAUGAAAUGCUAAUGUCAGACGGCAAGGGAGCUAUAAAAAAUAUUAAAGAAAUGUUACUUACACAUUCCGACAAAAAGCUGCUUAAAAAUAUACAUAGAAUAACGCGAAGCAACACUAAACAACAAUAAAAAGUGCAAUUAUGGGCUGAAAAGACUCAAGUGUAGACAAAAUGUACUUGUUUUCAUGCGAAAAGUUAUCAAUUGGUACUAAAAUAUACUAAAUUGCUUGCAAUUAUUACGAAAUUGUGUAUUAAAAGAGCUGAAAAGAAACGUGGAACAUGCAUGUAACUAAGUUAUAUACUAAAAUGUUUAAAGGUCAUCUGAACGUACUCAAUUUAGUACUACAUACAAUAGGUAGGGAAUUACAUGCAAAAGAUACUAAAUUCUGUACCAAAAUCGUGAACUAAAACCACAAAUUUGAAUGCAGAAUGUAGCAAAAUACUAAAUGCUAUGUCAACAGUACUAAAUUUUGUACUACAAUUACUAAAACCCACGUUAAAGUGCGAAUUACACACAUUAGUUAUCAAAAAUCAUUUCAAUACGUACUGAAUGAAAUGAAGUACUAAAUUUUGUACUAAAAUUACCAAUAACCACAUUAAAGUGCAUUCCAAUAUGUACUGAAGAAAAUGAAGUACUAAAUUUUGUACUAAAAGUAAUAACUGGUAUGUGAAAGUACAAAAUUACGAGCAGUAUGCACUAAACAUGUACCAUAAUUACUACAUUUUGCGGAAAAGUCCUGAAAUAGCGAACUGUUUCGUACUAAAUAAACUGAAUUAAAUACAGAAAAUACUAAUUUGUAACAAUAAGAUUCUAAAAUAAUAAAUUUUCAAAACAUCACCGAACAUAAACUUAGAACCGCUCUACUACUGUGGACAAAAAAUUGUAAGACUUUUUAAACCUUCUGCGUCGAUAUAUACUUUUUCUAGAUUGGUAUGACUGUCAGUGUAGUAUGUGCUAAACGUCACAUCAGAAUAAUCAUUAGUGCUUAAAAUAUUAUUCUUUAAUGGUGUAGACACCGCUUACGCGGGUAUAGCCGAGUAUACAAAAACGCGCCUUCCUUUAGCAAUUUGGCAGUGGAGGUCCUUCUCUUCCUCUCCUUCUUCCGGCGUGUACUGCGUCGUAUAGUCUCAGAGCUGAAGUAUUUUCGUCCAUUCGGAGCACAAGACCUAGCCAGCGUAGCCGCUGUCUUUUAAUUCGCUGAACUAUGUCAACAUCGUCGUAUACCCCAUACAGCUCAUCGUUCCAUCGAAUGCGAUAUACGUCGUGGCCAAAGGACCAUAAAUCAUCCGGAGAACAUUUCUCUCGAAAACUCGUAACGUCAACUCAUCAGAUGUUGUCAUCGUCCAUGCCUCUGCACCAUAUAGCAGGACGGGAAUAAUGAGUGACCUAUAGAGUUACUUUUUGUUCGUCGAUAGAGAACUUUGCUUCUCAAUUGCCUACAUAGUCCGAGGUAGCACCUGUUGGCAAGAGUUCACCACAAGACCCAUUUGCUUCGCUUCCUUAUCUAUUCUGGAGAAAGCAGAUCCAACGGCACGAUUGUUAAGGUCAUUGAUAUCAAAAUCGUCGGCAUACGGCAGCAGCUGUACAUUCUUAUAGAAGAUGGUACCUGCUCGAUUAAGUUUUGCAGCUCGAAUUAUUAUCUACAGCAGUAUAUUGAUGAAGUCGCACGGCAGGGAGUCGCCUUGUCUGAAACCUCGUUUGUUAUCGGACGGUUCGGAGUGUUCCUUCCAGCCGGGCAGCGGCAUCUUCCCAAUUAAAGGACCGGACAUUCCAGAUGCAUACCCUGAAAUCGUAAUCCUUAAUACGUUUACCAUAGUCGCCAUCAAAAGGGGGUUUCCUAUUUGAGGCUGUUAAUUAGUUUUCAUUGGGGGCGUUUUUUACGUGGCGGGUCUCAAACCCAGCGCACAAUCCUGAGUAGGUAUGGUUCGUCUUCUCACUUUGGCUCGCCUUCGAAGCGGAUGUUCUUUGGCUAUCCAGAGUAAGCUUUGUCAAAGGUAAGAAGUCGUGAACUUCUUGAGCCAUAUGUAAAAGAAUCGUUCCUGACCACUUCCAAGUGAAUGGCGAUCAGAGAACUUUCCUUACUAGCGUGAACUUCUACACAUGACUCCAUUCUCCAAAAAAAGGCAGACGAUCAAUCGUCCGAAUAUCGUGGCUAAGGUGAUCCGAAGCCGAAAAAACCACGUCAAAGCAGGUCUAAAAUCAGGGUUUUGUUGACAGUUUUCUUCAACUAUCGAGGUGUGGUGCACUCUGAAUUCCGACCGACCAAACAGUCAACAAUGAAUACUAUUUGAAUGUUAUGUGUCGUUUCCGCGGUGCUAUUAGUAAAAAGAGGCCGGGAUCGCCAAAGUUUCAGCCAAUAUCAUGCCGCAAACUCAAACGACCGUUCCGGGAAAACCGUUUUGAGACCAUUGCAGACAUUAUACGUGAAUCGCUACGCUCAUUGAAGGCUAUUCCGGAAAUUGACUUUAACAGCUGUUUCGAGGAUUGGAAAAAACGUUGACACAAGUUUAUUGAAGACAAGGGGAAUUACUUGGAGGGGGCGUCAUAAAUCUUAAAAAACAAAUUAAGGGUUUUAAAAUUAUAAUAAAAGUCUUACUAUUUUUUGCUCAUAGUAGUAUAGUAUGAGGCCAGAAAAUUUCACAAACAUUAGCAAUAGUACUAAAUUACAAGCAAGAAAAUUCUAAAUUCCAUUGCGUACAAGAAAAGCUAAAGUAAAUGUAAAAAUAGCGAAAUAUGAGCAAGAUUAUAAAGAAUCAGAUAGUCUAGAAUAAAUUCAUUCAAAUAUUUAUUUACAAAUUAAAAGUACUUAAAGGCAAAUCAUACUAAAAACAACAGCUCGUACUAAACUGUAAAUGAUUAGUACGAAAUUACAUGAAAAUUAUUAUGUUUCAAACCUGAAGUAUAAAAAUUGCAUGCAAAAGUGCCGAAAUGCCAUAUACAAAUGCAAAACUGCACGCAGCAAGUACUAAAUCACAAAAAAGGUACACAAUUACACAAGUACAAAAAGUACUAAAUUACUGUGAGGUUAUGCAAAUGGUACCGAGCUGCUGGCGAAAAAUACUAAUUGCAUGCAACAAGUACUAAAGCAUGUACUAAAAGCACAUACUACUCUAAAGCAACUCUGAAAUAAAAAUCACAAAUAUUCUGAAAAAUACAUAUUUACAACAACAAAUACAAAAAUAUAAAGAAGCAAAAUUUCUAAAUUACAACAAAGAUUCUAAGCAACAUAGUAACUACUACACAGUACUUUCUAAAUACUGCUAUAAUUGUAGCAAUUGCAUAAAAAAUCGUUAGCUAAGUAGGUAUUUAGAUGCUUACUUAUGUAAAUCCAAUUAGUAGUCCCUUACCGGUACAUAUUCAUUAUACUCUGAAGUCAAUAUAAAAUCGAUUGUUUUUAAAAAUGGAAAUACACUUACAUACUAUUAACGAGAACUGUACUUUAUAACGACCUAAAGUAAUUGAAUUUUAAUUAAUUAAUGUAGUUAAUCCAAUAAAUGCCAAUUUGACUAACACCAAACCGUAAUGAAUUAAAUCUAAAAAGAAAAACUAAAAAAAUUGUAAACUAAAAUUUAAAUUCUUUAGUACUUUUAAAUUUUUCCAAAUUGUUUUACUCAUUUUAAUCAUUUAAUAUAGGUUUUUAGAACUACAUAUUGCAAAUAUUAAUUUGAAGAAAAAAGUUGAACAUCAGAAAAGAAACAUUUCAGAAGAAUAUUUUGACACUAUAAAUAUUUUUUCGUUCAAGGGUUAUAUACACUUAGAAGGCCGAAAAAAGCGUAUUUUCCGGAAUUUUUGUGAGAAAUUUUUUAAAUUUAUUGGUAAAAAAAUUUUAACACAUAUUUACGCUAUUUUUAACUGUAUUUUUGACUUAAUAUUAAUAAAAAUAUUUAUUUGGAAAGGAACUACAGCUGAUCUCUAGGAGCUCCUCUCAAAAUAGACGUUUUGCGGUGACCACUAUUUCUCUGCGCUGGAUUCUCUGGAAUUAAAAAACCAAACAUAUUUCGUUCAAGUAAUGUUAAAUCUAGUAAAGCAAAUCGAAGGAAUAAGCAAAAUACAUUUUUUUGACAAAAUGGCGAUUUCUGAAAAAAAAUAGAUUUUUGAGCAAAAUUCUUCGAUACUUAAACAAACUGAAUAGACACAUUAAUUUUAUUAUAAUUAAUUUCUUUAAUGAAUUUAUUUUUAAUGUUAAACUUACUUUAUGAUCCCUUGCCUUCUGUUGAACACUUCGUAGGAUCGUCUUCCAUCCUAGACUUUAACAAACUUUUUUGGAGCAAAAUUCGUAUUAGUUCUCAUUUCCUCAUUUCGAGGUUCCCUACUUUCUUAAAGAAAAGACACAGAAACUUAAAAAUUAAUGGGAGAUGUUUAUUAUCAUUCGAAAGAACAUUCUUUGGCAUUUAUUUUUGAAGAUUAUCUCUUUCAAAUGUUGGACGCGACUACUACUCAGAUCCGUUGAGUCCAAUCUUCGAUGGCUCGUUCGAGCAUUUCGACUGAUAACUGGCAAAUGACACGCGUAAUGUUUUGUUUUAAGGCUUGAAUCGAAGCGGGAUUGCCCAUAUAAACUUUAGACUUUACAUAUCCCCACAGGAAAAAUUCCAACAAUGAGACAUCACACGGUCAAUCGACCGGCCCAAAACGUUAAAUUAUCUGCACUGUUUGCUUGUUUACUUACUCAUUUUGCCAGAAAUGGACCUCAUCGCUGAACAAAAUUAGGUUCGAAAACGUAAGACCUUCUUGGAACUUUUCAAGUGCCCACAGAGCGAAGCGAUGUAGCUUGAGAAGGUCGAGCGUUUUUUAUACUUUGCCAAUUUAAGAUCUCGACAUAAAAUACUCCGAGUCGUUCCAUAUGUCAGGGUUACUGAAACUUUUUUAACGUGGAAAAAGAAAUUUCUCCCCUAAGAAAAAAUCAGAACACUAUCGGGCGUGUAGCUGAAGACAUAUUAGAGUAAGUGUGCUCCCUGUUUCUUUAAGCAUCUGCUAUAAUUUGUUCGAUUCACUACUCUCCAAUGCUUGGCGAAUGUCUAUCUAAGUUUAGCCAUAUACUGGUACUCGAAAUGUAUUGUUCAUGUACAUGUGUGUAUGUAGUUGUAUAUUUAUUUCUGAAAAUUUCUCCUUUUACAACACUCUGCCGUCAGUUACAGAGUUCAAAGUUGAGAAGAGGCCUUAACAUAGCACCCAAUACUUCUACCCUUUAGGAAAUCGUUUAAUGUUCUAAUCAUUCAGAAAACUAAGAUCCGGUCUUCUAUUUAUAACAUGCAGAGUUUUAUGAGGAUUUGAAACAAAAUUUUAGUUUUGGUUAUAGAAUAGUUAUAUAUUGGUUAUCCUACACUCAUAUUGCCAAACCAAGUUUGAGUUUUGGUUAUAAAGUGGUUACAUAUUGGUUAUCUUACACUUGGUUCAUAUUGAAAAACCAUAUUGCAAAACCAAGUUUGAGUUUUGGUUAUAAAGUGGUUACAUAUUGGUUAUCUUACACUCAUAUUGAAAAACCAAAUUGAGUUUUGGUUAUAAAAUGGAUAUAUUUUGGUUAUCUUACACUUAUAUUGAUAAACCAAAUUUGAUUUUUGGUUAUAAAAUGGUUAUAUAUUGGUUAUCUUACACUCAUAUUGAAACUAAAUUUGAGUUUCGGUUAUAAAAUGGUUAUAUAUUGGUUACCUUACACUCAUAUUGAAACACAAUUUAAGUUUUGGUUAUAAAAUGGUUAUAAAUUGGUUAUCUUACACUCAUAUUGAUUUGAGUUUUGGUUAUAUAUUGGUUAUCUUACACUCAUAUUAAAACAAGUUUGAAUUUGGGUAUAAAAUGGUUAUAUAUUGGUUAUCUUACACUCAUAUUGAAAAACCAAGUUCGAGUUUUGGUUAUAAAAUGGUUAUAUAUUGGUUACCUUACUUUCAAAAAGAUAAAGAAUCAUACAAAAUUUUUUUAAACGUCAAUUAUAUGUAUAUAAAUCUUCAAUAUAAUGCUUCUGAGAUGUAUACAUAUAUUUUUUUGAUUAAUUUGGUUCGAUUUCCCACAUUUUUAUUAACUUUCGAUAUUUAAGUUUUUUCAAAAUUUCACAAAAAAUGUUUGUCUAAUUAAUUCAAACUCGUAUACAAAAGUAUAAGAAGUGUCUAUUUUAGUAUCGUUAAAAACUUAUGGUUAAAAUAUAACAAAAAAAUAAAAUAAAAAUAUUUAAAAUACAAAAAGUCAAAUUCUAAAAUUCAAACUCUUCUUAUCGAAAUAAAUUUAACAAAAAUGCCCAAGCAAUUAUUCAAUAACUUCAUUUUCUACAGUAGUAACUAGAAAUAAAUAGAUAUAUGUCAGUAGAAUUUUCAAAGAAAAAUGUUGCAAGUGUAUAUUUUAUAUUAAAAAAGUUUAUUGAAAUGAAAAUUUUGAAAAAAUUAUAUAUUCUAACUUCUAGUGAGAUAUUUCUAUAUUAGAUUUUUACAAUAAAAAAUUGCAUUAAAAAAUAAAAAGGUUUAGUAAGAAUACUUAUAGCAUAUGCUGUAUGUACUUUCAAUCCAAUGAAGUAUGUAAGUAUGUAUUUGUACUCAGCAUAUUUCGAAAUGGAAAAAACAAAUAUUUAGUAGUUUUCAUAUUUACAUAAGGUGAAAAUAAUGAAAGUAAUUAAUUACAUAAAAAAACAAAAACAAAGGUUUAAAAAUUAAUUUCAAUUGGCGAAUUCGGGAGCAAUUUUCUGUACAUAUGUACUGAAGGUUCUAGACUUAUAUACAUAUGUAUAUACUUCUGUGCGUAUAUUUACUUUAAUUACCGUUAAUUAUACAUAUGUACGCUCAUAUAACACAUAUGUAUGACUUGUGAUCAUUAAUUACAUAUGUUUGUAUGUUUUGCGAUUAGCUGCAAACAAGGCGAGCAAAAUUCUACAUUGUACACAAUUAUUGCAAUUACAUGAAGAGAUUACAAAGGCAAAAACAAAUACAACAAAAAUUAGCCAUUAAUCGUGUGUCUAUGAAAUGUCUGAAAUUGAAGGCGAAUCAAGGCACAACAACAACAAAUCAAUAAAACUCACAAAGGCGAUGAGGCAGAUCAGCUUUAUAUAAACAUAUAUAUAUAAGUAUAUACAUAUAUA